UAAAAUCCAUAAAUCCUAACUCAAUGUGGCACUUUCUUUCUGGAAAUAAGAGGACUUAAAUAAGUUUGUCCAGUACAAAAAAAAAACCUCUUAAAGAAAACAAACAAAGACUAAAUAAAUAGAAUAUAAUUGCAAACAAACAUUUUCACAGGUCUCCUGGCCUCAAUAUAUCAAUAUUAUUUGGCACAUUUACGUUAGUAUUUUUCAGUAGCCACAAUGGGUAAGAAUAUUUUGCAUUUAGCAAACACGACAUACAAUAUAACUUCAUCAGAAGAAAAAUACCAGCCCUACUCAGAACGACUAGAAACCUACAUAGUACCAGCCGUAUUUCUUCUGAUCUUCGUCAUUGGAGUAAUCGGAAAUGGUACUGUAGUUUUCGUUUUUUUGAAACACCAAUCGAUGAGAAACGUGCCAAAUACGUACUUGUUCUCUUUGGCUUUGGCAGAUUUGCUUGUAAUUAUUACGUGUGUACCUUUUACCUCGAUUCUAUACACCAUGGAGUAUUGGCCUUGGGGCGAAGCCGUUUGCAAAAUAUCCGAAUGCGCUAAAGACAUAAGUAUUGGAGUUUCGGUUUUUACACUUACGGCACUUUCAAUUGAACGUUAUUAUGCUGUAGUUUAUCCGUUAAGAAGAUUACAAGUAGUACUAAUUGCUGUAAUAAUAUGGUUGCUUGCAAUAGGUUGCGCUAUACCAAAUGCAAUUUUUGCCAGAAUCAAAUAUGAUCCUAUAAAUGGAGAAAACGGAAACACCAAAAUCCCAUAUUGCUUUCCAUUCCCAGCAAAUAUUCCCAACUAUGCAAAAUACAGUGUAAUAGUAAAAUCCCUAAUCUACUAUAUAAUUCCUUUAAUAGCAAUUUCGUUUUUCUACAUUUUGAUGGCCAUAAGGCUCCAAACCAAAAUACCAGGGGCAAGUCAGCAAGGGGUUGCUGCUCAAGCCAAAGCCAGAAAACACGUAGCCAGGAUGGUUUUGAUUUUCGUUUUUUUGUUUUUCGUCUGCUUUUUGCCCCAACAUGUUUGGCUUUUGUGGUUCAAUCUUUCCCCGAAUGCCCAGCAAGAGUACAACGAGUGGUGGCAUUUGGUUAAAAUGGUUGGAUUUUGUUUGAGCUUUUUCAACUCCUGUGUAAAUCCCAUAGCUCUAUAUUUUGCAAGUGCAGUAUUCAGGGCUUAUUUUAACAAGUACUUGUUUUGUCAAAAUGUUUAA